ACGUUGAAUUGUCAAAAGGUUUUGGCGUACCCAAUUUGUUUAUAAAUUUUUCCAUUUCUAAUCCAAAUAAAUAUUGUUUAUGUUAAAAUGCUGUGAGUAGGUUAUAAGCUCAAUUUUAUUACGAAUUUUAGAACAUUAAGGUCAACCAUAUAUUUCUAAUAACAUUAGUCAAUCCUGAAGUUUAUGUACAAAUUGGUUACCGGUACGUUAGAACUAAGAGGGCUACUCUGUUGUCUGUUCUCAAUUCUCAUAAUAAGUAUGUUGUGUAAUUUCUGAGUGUAUAUAAGUGGAACAUAUAUAAAUAAUAUUACAUGAACAGAACAGAGAGUGUGAAUAGUGAGAUAUUCAAAGCAGAUAAAUUCUGCUUAACCACAAUACACAAUGGCAGAUAGCGAUUACUUGGAUUCAAUGGAAAACAAUCAUUUAGACGGAACGAAUGGUUCAUUAAAUAUAAACGAUAAUAGCUUAGGGGGUGGAGAUGAAGCUUCAGGUACAGAAGUACCUGACUUGGCUGCCAUCAAGGCAAGAGUCCAAGAAAUGGAAGAGGAGGCUGAAAAGUUAAAACAAAUGCAAACUGAAGUUGAUAAAGCUAUGAGUAUGGGUAGUCCACCAGGACUAACAAGCCCCCUUAAUAUGUCAUUGGAGGAGAAGAUAGAAGCAGAUAAUAGAUCAGUUUAUGUUGGCAAUGUGGACUAUGGAGCCACAGCUGAAGAGUUGGAGCAGCAUUUCCAUGGAUGUGGAUCCAUUAAUAGAGUUACAAUAUUGUGUAAUAAGUUUGAUGGCCACCCUAAAGGAUUUGCAUAUAUUGAAUUUGGAGAUAAAGACAGUGUACAGACAGCUAUGGCAAUGGAUGAAUCAUUAUUUAGAGGUCGCCAAAUUAAGGUGAUGCCUAAACGCACAAAUAAACCAGGACUGUCGUCAACAAACCGUCCCCCCCGUGGCAGCCGAGGACGAGGCAGGGGCUACCGCGGUGGUUACACACCAUACUACUCAGGUUUCCGGCCGGCUGGUCGCCGCGGCAGACCAUAUAUUAGACGCGGCGGAUAUUACAAUCCGUACUGAGUACGGUAACGGGGCACCCCGCCCCUUGCCUACAUGUGAGGUGUUUGUAACCGGAAGUGUGUGUAGGAUAAGUUUGACCUGAUUUAGCCAUAUUAUUGUGUCAUUGGAAAUCACGCGAUCAAUGGAUUUGAACGUGGCUUGGAACUGUUCUCGAUUUUAUUUAUUAGUGAGGGUAGUUGUAAGUUGCAUUAGUGAUUAAGUGUCGUCGAAUUUAAACGAAAAAUAUUGUUGGGAUAAAACUAUGAAAUAUUAGCAUUAUGGGUUUAGAUUCGUUUAUCAUUUCCCCAGAUUUGAACAGGACUAAACUAAAUAUUCUGUGCUCUAAAAAUACACUAACUUGAGACCAGCUAGCGUUUUGUUGAGUUUUUGAUAAUUGCCACAAAACAAGGUGAUAAACAAUGUGUUAUUUUUAUUUUUUGAUCUUAUUUAAAAUAUACAAACUUAGGUAGAUGAAAUUUAGAAAGUCAAUGAAAUAAAGUGUUGUGCACAUAAUUACUACCCCACCAAAACCAACUAGGCACCUGUCAGAUGUUAUGUCACCCGCACCUGUUCAAAAUGGCUAAAAAAGAAAUUGCUGAUGAAGAGACAAAAAUUUUAACUAUUAAAAUAAGAUCUUACAAAAUAAAGUAAGUACAGAAACGCAAAUCGUGAAAUCAAAGCAGUACCUGACACAGAGUACAUUCCACCCCAGUGCCUAGUUGGUUUGGUAGAGUAAUAGACAACAGAAUAUUUCUUUUUAAUUCUACUCUAGUUUAGGUUACGACUUAGUGUUUAUGAUUUAUUAUAAUAAAAAAAAUCUGUUUUAAUGAUCCAAGUAGUUUUAUAUCAAUACUAAUGAAUUUUGUACAUAAUGUUUUUGUAGAUAAAUACUACAGCACAAUAUAAGAUGAAUUGUCAUGACGUUAGUUAGGCAUAUUAUUUUUAGUGUUUUUGGUCAGUGUUAUCAAUAAAUAUUCGUUUUAAUUGUAGUUAAAUACAAUAAAAAAAAUGUGGUAGGAUGCACCAGAGCAUGCUUUAUAGAACUAUAACAAUUUUAGGUUUUAAUGACCUUAAAUAUUUGAGUUUGAAUACCUCUGUAACCCUAAUAACUCUUAUAUUGUGAUUGACAAGCAUCAAUAAAUUACCACGUCCAGUUGGAACAUAACCAGAUCAAGUGUUACUGCAUCGUGGCCACUAAUAGUAUAAGGAUAAUUUUUCAUCCGAGCGCUCUUACCACUGAGCCAACCGUUUGAGUGACACAUGGUUCGUAAAUCUUGGUAUGUCUUGUUCAACUCUCAGGUUGUGGCUUCAUCUACAGGAUCUACUUUACAGUUUAGAUAACCUACUCAAUAAUUGUAAUGAGUGGAAAGAGCGCUCGAACGUAACUCGAGAGGUCGCGAGUUUGAAUCCCGCAUCGUUCACAAAUUUUGGAUGCAAAUUUAAUUUGUAUAAUUAAUCCUUUAAUUGUUUAGCAUUCAUUUGUUUACUUUAUUGAUAUUAGUUUUUAUGAUUAUAGUCUACUUUCCUAUUUAUCUAUGGUUGCUUAGAAAAGUUUAGGUUUUAUCCUAAUUCAUGCUUUAUCUCACUCAAGUUGAGAAGAAACGCGAUAAAGGAGGACACAGUGUGUAAGGCUCUUGCAAGACUAAUGAGAAUGUAAAAUAUUUUUUUAUUGGUUAAGCAAAUUUUUGGCGGUGCUUCUGGUAUCGGCAGGAGUUCUAAUAUAUCUUUGUAACAGCAUAAGAAUUUAUUAUUAGCUUGCUAUUGUGGCACUGUGUUUAUAAUAAUGAUCACAAUUAUUGAUGUAACACAAAUUAUUUAAAAUAACUUUUAGAGUAUUUAAUAUUACAGCAUUUUAAUUUUAUCAAUAUAGCGGGGGUUCAAUGAUAGGAAGAUCUGGUCUGCUGAACCGUCAGCUCAAAUAAUGCGCAGGUGUGCAGUUUUAUACAAUAUGCUGAACGGUUUCGCAAGUUGUCUUUUAACAGAAGUAGGUCCAAUACUGGUGAAUAAAUCGUAUGGCAGGUAUGUUCUUAUUGUGUUGGCGCGAUGAAGCGUGGCGUUUGUCGACGACUCUACACGAAAUACGACAGAAUUGUGGUCACUAUUCAGAUCUCCAUUUUUAUCGAUCGUUUUUUCAGUGCACGACAACACUACACGCAACACGAUUUACAAAAGAUAUUUCGGUCAAGCCGCUAUAUCGACGCGGCUUUUUUGUAAUGACGAUUUAACAGCUGUAUGAAACAAGUUGUUUGUUGACUCACGCGUUUUUCCUUACUCUUAAAUAUUUAGCGCGCAAUAUAAUUUAGUACAAUUUCGUGUGAAAAAUUGAUAAAAAGUUCUGAUUUGAUAUUUUGACUUUAAUAAAAAAUUAAAAAAGAAGCAGUGGAGUGUAAAUAUGAGACUGUUUUCAUUACAGCACGUAGUACUCUCCAACAUGUCUUUCGCUUAGAUGUGGAGGAAUCUAAAACAACUCCUUCUUAAAUAGCCUAAUUACGCAAAUUUGCUGGCGAUUAUUGUCGGGACACAUCUAACGCGGAGAGCAGAGAACGCCACUGCAUGGUCAUUGCAGAAUUGUGUAUAUACCUAGGCCAACGAGAGGAGAUAAAUAAUGUAAACAAACGGACUGAUAUUGACUGAUAUUAUGUAUAUUGUCAUAAAUACGGCUGAUUCGGACACGUCCGACAAAUCACCUUUGUCUGAUACAGACGACAGCUAUUAGAAUAGGGAAUCCAUAAAUUGUAAAUAAUUUAUUCAAAUAAAAAUGUUUUGAAGCCCUAAAACUUGUUGUUUACAUUCUUUGUCUCAGCCCGGUGGCCUUACUAUAGUGAACGAACAGUGCAGUGUUUCGUAUCUUAAAUCGUGAUCGCAAAUCGUGGCGUGCGGCGCCUUGUGAACAACCGACCUUACUAUCUGAUAUGUACACUGACCUCUACUAUUUACCACUUGACUGGCGUCUGUCAAAGUGCUUUUGUGCCUGUUUGAUAUUCACCAUUUUGGCGCUGUUGGCCAGAUAGCGAGAGUGCGGUACUAAAACUAGUCUUGAAAACCUCAGCUAAACAAACAUCGAUAGGGAAACCAUUUACAAAAAAAAAAUUGUGUACUUUAUAACGUUCAUUCCUGAGGUAUAAAUAACACGGAAAACGACCGAAUUAAUUGAAAAUGCAUAAAUAUUUCAGAGUAUUGUACGCUUCACUCGCAGCCAUUCUUGUAUUAUACGUCAAAAUUAGUUCUUUGAUCGCUCGAAAGUGGCGCUUCAAAUAGGCACAAAAACAUAAGGAACAAUCUGUCCAGUGGUAUUUAUGCUGGUCAGUGGAGAUUUAAGAUAUUUUUGUCUUUGAUUAUUAAUAAUGUAACUUUUAUUGUCAACUAUUACCAGUAAGGACACAAGAAGUAAUGUAAAAGCAAAAUGAAAAGAAAAAAAUUUAUAUAUAAGACUAAGUUUUAAUCAUG